AAUUUAUCUCUUUGCUUUUAGAGAUUAGGAUAAUUAGAUUCCUCAUUACGUCAAUUCCUGUCAAAUUUGGUAUGGAAGCUUCAUGUCUUGGCAUCUAGCCUAACUUAAUCGGUUAAUCCUCUCCAUUCUAUGAUUUCUAUCUCUUUCUCUUUCCUUUGAAAAUUCCUUUCACUUUACUGGUCAAUGCCAGAGAAUUAGAUUCUUCACUGUUUUUCACAUUUUUUUCUUUUCAAUUCCCAGAUUAAUGGCUGAUUAAUUAUCACAAUUUUAUGCAGGAUCUUCCAUCUCUUCUGAAGCCAGAUCUUUGUGUUUGAUGCUUUCAUAAUCCACUACUUCUGUGGAUUAUGACAUCAACUUUCACAUCAAAUUUCAGUUUUUUUUUUUUUUUUUUUUGAAUCUGUCUGGGUUGAUUUUAUUUUGGAAAUUGGCUCCAUAAUUUGAAGAAACCCCUUCUAAUUUUUCUGGGUCUAAUAAAUUUGUGAAAAUGAUACAGUAAUUUUGCACAGAUUUGUAAAACCCCCUUCUAUUUUUUUUUUUUUUUUUUUUUCUGAAAUGGCAACCUAAUUCUUCCAAAAUUUACAACCCUUUUAAUUUUUCUGGAUUUUUCUUUCAGAACAAUGGAAGAUCAGGAGUUUUCUGAUGAACAUUUGAAUUUAGUUACAGUAGAGGGGGAAGAAGAAGAGGAAUUUCGAAGUUGUUGCGGGGAAGAUAGUGAAGAUGAAUGUUUGAGUGAAGAAAGUAGUGAAGAUGAAUGUUUGAGUGAAGAAGAUAGGAAAAAUAAAUGUUUAAAGGAGGAAGAAGAUAGUGAAGAUGAAUGUGAUGAUUUAACAGUAAAGAUGUGUUUUAAGGGUAUUUCAAUUGAUGGGUUUGGUGAUUCUUGUAGUUCUGGAUUUACUGGAAUUGGUGUUGUUAUUCAAGGUUCAAAAGGAUUUUCUGAUAUAAUUGUUCAGAAAAGGCUUGAAUUUUAUGUUGAUGGUUUAGUUGCUGAUUAUUUGGCUUUGAUGGAUGGUUUGCUAGAGGUUUUUAAGAGUAGUAUUAAUAAUAUUAGACGUGUUUUCGCUACGACUGAUUCUAAGACUCUCUAUGGACAGAUCAUGCUUAAGGAGAGCCUUGAUAUUCCUCUCAUAGUAGCAUUCAGGGAGAGGGUACUUGAACUUGUGGGCCAGUUAGAUGCUUUUAGUUUGAAACAUGUCCCAAGUGUUGAAGUGGAGAGGCCUUUGCAACUGGCUCAGGUGGCAAUUGGUUUGUUCACCUUGCAUGAGGUUAGUCAUGGUUCACUUCAAAAUUGUUCGGUAUGUUGCGAUGAUAAGCCAUCUUCAAUGAUGCUCACUUUAAGAUGCUCACACAAAUUUUGUUCCCAAUGCCUGAAGACCCAUGCUAAUGAAAAAGUAGAGGCUGGUCAAGUCCCCAUUGGAUGCCCUGAGAUAAGAUGCAACUAUUUACUCUCGAAAUCCGAAUGCAAGUUAUUUCUUCCAGUUAUUUUCUUUGAUGUUUUAGACAAAGCAAUAGAAGAAUUUAAUGUGCUUAGUUCAGAUAAAAUUUACUGUCCCUAUCAAAAUUGUUUGGCUCUGCUUGAUCCUAGUGAGGCAAGCUCCUCAGAUGAAUCCAAUGGGUGUUGCAUUGAUUGUCCAGUUUGUCAGAGAUCUAUCUGUGUGAAUUGUGGGGUUCCCUCGCAUAAUUCAUUAACUUGUGGGGAGUAUCAAGAUCUUCCACUGGACGAGAGAGGUUCGUCGGAUCUUUCUUUGCACUGUUUGGCACAGGAUAGGGGAUGGAGGCAUUGCCAACAGUGCAGGAGGAUGAUCGAUCUGGCACAAGGUUGUUACCACAUGACCUGUUGGUGUGGCCAUGAGUUUUGUUAUUCCUGUGGUGCUGAAUAUAGGGAAGGGCAACAAACAUGUCAAUGUGCUUUCUGGGAUGAAGGUCGUUCCGAGGAUUCUAUUAGGCCUACCACCCCUGACACUGACCAUUGGGCAUGGACUUCAUUUGAUACAUUUCCCAUGAUCCUAGAUGCUUACUCUGAUCAAGAGCGUUCGCAACUGGCUAUCAUUCAGAGAUUCCUUGCUGGUGGCUUCAGCUUGAGUGAUCAUCGCUCUUGUCAGUUGCCACCUCCACCCUGUACAGAUUCCUACAUUGAUGCCAUGAAAGAUCUCCAUCAGCUUCCUUGGCUGGAGAGGUUUGUUUCUGUAAUAAGUGAUAAUUAUUAUGAUGACUACAUUCGCUAACACCGCUAUUAAGAUCAAUUGAGAUUGUAAUUCCCAAAUUCGCCAUUGUGGGGAAGCAUUGGAGUUUUUUACUCUUUCGAAUUGUUUGAACUGCAGUGUUCAUAAGUGUACACUUUGAAUGUAGUUUUCAUUGAUCAUACAUGUGAUUGUGCCUCAUCACCUGUCCACGUCUGCUUUUGUACUCCUUUGAAAAUUUGCUACUUCAUAUAAAUUAUUUUCUUAUGA